AUGACGAACCAAGGAGCUCGGCAAAGAUUGACGGGCCAGUCUCUUGGAGCUUACAUACUCGGAGUUGCCCAAUCUGGCACAGAUUGUGCCGAGUGCUGUCGAGUCCCUUGUGACCCCUCUACCAGCUAUCUCCGGACUGAUUCAGCUACAGCAGUGGGCGCUUGUGUAGUGAGGAAUCAUUGGGGUAAGGUAUUCAGCGUGUGUGCCCGUCGGUUUAGUCAUGUGUCCUCUCCAACGAUUGCAGAGGCUCUUGCCCUUCGAGAAGCAAUCUGUUUAGCUAACAGAUUAAGAGUGAGUGAACCUAUCUUUGAGGGGGAUGCAAAGGGUAUUACUGAUGCUAUGGCAGCAGGAUCCGGUGUUGGUUUGGAUUGCGAUGUUAUUUUGCAAGAUUGUAGGACUUUAGUAUGUAAUUUUUUUCCGCUUUCGCAUUCGUUUAAAUUUGUUAGGAGAUCCUUGAAUUGGGCGGCUCAUUCAAUAGUCGGGAAAGCCUUUAGAGAUCAUUCUUUCUGCUGUAAUACUCUAGCCCAAAUGGAGUGGCUAGAGUCGAGACUUUGUAGUCGAAACAAUCCUUAA